UUCUUUACUUCCCCGUUGCGCCCGCCAUAUGAAUUAUUAUUAGCCAAGAGCCCGGUUUCCGCUGAUACUUAGAUGCGGCGCUUUACUCAGUUCACGCCCUGCCUAGUUAUCUACAGCUGUAAUCGCUGCUGUAUUUCGGCACAUUAACGUUUGGGAUUGUUUACUCAUUACCUACAACUUCUGUAUCAUAAGUGACGCUGGGGACAACAUUUAAAGUGACGUCGUUUCUGGGUCUCCGUCGAACAAUGACGAGAUCGAUAUCCUGGGUAUAGAGUUCCUGUUUACAUUGGUGACCACCGCCAGAGACGAGAAGCAUAUUCACACCACCAGUCUAUACCUACCACUAUACGUCACUGUCGUCUGCCAGUUUCUGAUUGACAAUUUAAAGAAUAAUCGGCUGCAAUAUGGCGACUGGCGAAGAAAACUACGAUAUCGAUGCCUUGACAGAAAAGCUAAAGGCCUUUGCCUUGACACAGACCAAAUCAGCAGCAAAGAUGGAUAGCAAAACAGUGGGCAAGGUUUGUAAGGAAUGCUGGCCAAAAGCCCUACAGACGAGGGUGGACUCCAGUGUGUUUCCAAAAGUCAUGGAUAAAACCACAAAGUCUAUAAGCCUUGAAAACAAGGAACAAAUCCGAAAGUUUAUCUCAGAAGCCGCCAUUCAGUAUGACGACAUUAAAGAGAAGAGCAAAGAUUUUAAAAAACACGAAAAAUUCCUGGCCGAAAAGAUUAUUGAAUCUCAGCUGGGGAUAAAGAAAACGGAAGUUUCCAAGACAGGGGCAAUAGAUCGUCUGACCGACACCUCCAAAUACACGGGGUCACACAAGGAGAGGUUUGAUGAGGCGGGGAAGGGUAAAGGUGUGGAGGGCCGAGUGGACAAGGUAGAUAAAUCCGGAUAUGUCGGCAACUACAAAGGACAGGGCACUUAUGACGAGAAACACUGAGUAACGUAGAACGACCAUCACUUUGUGUCUUAUCAACUCCACCUAACCUCCAGUUUUGAAAGUUUUAUUGCAUGAUGUAUUCUUACUUUUAUGAAUACUUACUCAAAUAUUUUGUAAAUUUUAUCAAAUCUCGAACUUAGAUUUUGUGAGCGUAAAAAAUAUGUGUAGUAAACUUAGUGUAAACAUUAGAUACCUCUUGUAUCUUUAAUCUAGUAAACUUAUAACUGUAACAACCAAGUAGAAUGUAUAUUACUCAUGGUAUAAAGAUAGAAAUAGUACAAUCCAUGUGAACAACAGUGCAAUAAAAGAAAUAUGGUUGUAUCUUUAGUAAAUGUCAGUACUGAGAUAAUAAAUAGACAACCUGA